AUGAGGAUAACCAAGCAGCAGCAACGAAGGCGGCCCAACUCAGGAACUGAUGAGUGUUCGUUUGUAGAACUUGAUAAGGCAGUCUGUGAGGACCUCCACUCUGUGUUGUCUCACUUGAAUGAAGAGAACGAAUGCGAUAUCUGGAUUAACCUUGAAAGGAUUUUCCAUGACUACUGCAAUGCACUGGAAUACCUUGGAUCCAGUGUUCCUGUUGACGAAAUUCGACAUGCAUUUGGAGCACAUCGCUGCCUGGCUGCCCUGGUUACAGAAGGCGAUUCUUUUCUAGCUUCGAUGAUAGCUGAAGAUCAUGAUUUUCGCCUAGUUUAUGUGCUAUGGCGUUGGUGUCUCAAUAGUGCAAGUGAGUCAAAGGGAUUCGGGGAACUCGCCUUUCAAUUCAGCGACAUCAGAGAGUUAUCUGAUUUACCCAGAACAUACAUCAAUCGAACUGUCAAUGGAAAGAAAAUCGGACCAGACCCAGAUUCGAUGCUUUCGGCACCCGAAGAUGCUAAUUUUGAGAAAAUCAUACGGGUCGUGUUCAGUCUUCUUCGAUGUGGACGAUUUGAGGACGCAAUGAAUUUGAGUGGAAAUAUGAACGUCCCCUGGCUAACUCCGUUGAUUCGAUCGCAACAGCUUCUUAUCGAUUCAAGCUUGAUUGGCGCAAACCUUACAAAUCACGAAAGAGCCCGUUUCCACUUCAGGAAAUUAUUUUUCAACACUAUGGUCAAGGCAAUUUCCGAGACUAAAUAUUCAAUGGGUAUGCGAAUGGUGUUCGCUGCUCUAGCUGGAGAUUGGCAAUUUCUUCUCCCUCUAGCUGUAAAUGUAGAUGAUCGUUUAUGGUGUUACGCCAAUGCUGCUGUACAAGCGAGACUCAACGCCGCUCUCGGUAUUGAACACCCAAUCUUUGCUCCGACUACGAUAGAAGGAAUAUUCGAAGAAAUAGCGACGGCAGAGCCUCCUCCCUAUUAUGUUCUUAUGAGUUAUAUGAUGAGAGAGGCCUGGGAAGACGCGGUCGAUUGGAUGUACGUUUACUGUAGUGAGGUCGAGAAGAGACAAGGGGCAAAAGUACAGCCCUUAUACCGUUUCUUCGGCCUUGUCACAAGUGUAUGUCGUAUUUUGAAGAAUGAUCACGAUGAGGAUCAUGGCAAAGCUCUUGUUGGACGUAUGAUUGAUGUAUUACUACAGAAACAACUAUUCAGCUUGAUCCCAUUUUAUGCGGCGUUACUACCGGAGAAUGACGGUCUGCAACGAAUAUGGAAUGUAAUGCCAUAUGUGAAAUGUGAUGGUGAUCGUGUUACUUUCAUUGCUGCUCUGAAUGAAGCUGGUUUUGAUGGUGAGCAGAUCGCGUUUGAAUUUGGUAGAUUCCGCAUUGUGGAAAUGGUCGAUCACGCGGAUCAUUUACAUUGGAUAUUUGCAUGUGGCGAGAAGAAACUGCUAAAUGCCGUUAUCGAAACAAACAAUGUCCUGCGUCAUUAUUUGCUAACUGAGACGGAAGAUGAGGCAAGCGGUCUAAUCAAUGAAUGCGAGAAACUGAAGUUAGUGGAUCGUCUUGCUGCAUUAGUGAAGAGCGAAAACGACGAGGAAGCGUUAGAGUGGAAUUCUACCGCGGGCAUUGCAAUCGACGAGUUCAACAAUCACUGUUUAUACUUAGCGGCACAAACUCUCUCCACGAACUUUGCCCUUGAAUGUGCAAGAGCUCACGAAGCAGCGCAAAGGAAAGCUGAAGAUGAACGCGAAUGUGACGAGUGGUCCCGCCAAGGCGAUCUGGUCGGAUUGUCACAACGUACAGCUCGUGCUGAACGUAACCAGGCACUUCAAGAGCGCUCCAAGCUGGCUCUCGACGCAUGUAAAGCGCGGACAUUGGAUGCUAUCACGGCUUUUGUUCGACAUCCCGGUUGGAGGACGGAGACAAAGACGGAUUGGGGUCGAUCCGAGCAGUUAAAAGCGCUACGAGAACGAUGUUACGCCAAUAUGCUCAGUGUGCUGCUCCGUAAUCUGAAAAUGUGCAAUGAUACUGAAACUGUCUUGGACAUCCUCGCGGAAUGUGCCGAUGAGGAACUGGAGCUCUACAAGGAUCUUUCAAGAAGUGACCUCUGCCGCUUUCUUCUUGACGUGCACACUUUGGCUGGUCAUGCAUUGGGUUAA